AUGUUGCGAAGCAAGAAAGACCAAUCCGUUGUCGUGCGCAAGGACAUAGAGACGUUGGACCCAGCGUCGUUGGACAAGUUAAUCUAUGCCUUCUAUAAGCUCCAGAAGGCGGACCCAGGUAUGCCCCCAAGCAUUAACGAGGACUCGUUCUAUGUCAUUGCGGGAUACCAUGGCCAGCCCUUCCGUGGAGCAGGAUACGGAAACAAGGAAUGGUGGGGAGGGUACUGCCAUCACGGCAACGUCCUCUUUCCUACCUGGCACAGAGCGUACCUGUGUCGCCUCGAGCAAGCUCUCCAGGGUGUUUCAGGCUUCUCUGAUGUGGCUCUUCCGUACUGGAACGAAUACAAAACCGAAAAACUACCUGACAUUUUCACCACCGAGUCAUACACCUUCCAAGACAGUAUAAUAAGCGAAGACUCCUUCGAAGACAAGGACGACAUCAUUGUCAACGACGGCAAAAUUACCCUCAAGCACAACCCACUCUUCUCUUAUAAACUACAACAGGGCUUCUUUGACAAUCUCGCGCGGCUCGUGGAGGGCAAAGAUGAAUCAACCAAACGCGUCGACUAUAGCAAGUAUAAGGAAUAUGAAACGGUCCGCUGCCCUUACUCUGGCCUCGUCGGUCCGUCCGAUCGGGAUAAGACCGAACAACACAACGAAAGGGAGAAAUCCGACAACCCCAUCGGGAAACUGAAUCGGAAUAUAAGUGAUUGGUUGGCCAAGGAAAGCAACACUCACGUGCCCGGCAUGAGUGCCUUGUAUCUGGAAGCGGCUGAGAAGGCACCGAACUAUACCGUCUUUUCCAACACUACAUCAGCGGCGAAAUGGAACGACGACAAUUAUGGCCGCCAGGAAAAGUGGAAUCCUCUGUUCGCUGUGUCCUUGGAGAAGCCUCACAAUGGCGUCCAUCUGGCGGUUGGGGGAUAUAGCAUGCCCGACAGAGAUACGAGUCGGCCAACCUUCGAAGGGUCUAAUGGGGACAUGGGCGAGAAUGAUACCGCUUCCUUUGACCCCAUUUUCUACUUUCAUCACUGCUUCGUCGACUACAUUUUUUGGCUCUGGCAGCAAAAACACGGAGCCGAGACGGAGCUGGCAGUCUUUGAGGGCUAUCCUGGAACGAGUCCCAUUGAUGCGCAGGGCCCUACAGCAUUCAUGGGUGCUGACUCCCAGUUGAAUAUGGAAACUCCAUUAGUGCCGUUCAUGAUCCCUGGCAAGAACGGCGGCAGGGAAUACUUGAAAUCCAAAGACAUAGUCAAUAUUAAGGAGAGCGAAUUCUGCCACUACGAUUACGAGCCAGCCGAAAAGCGCCCCACUUUACGUCUAGCGGCAGCCGACAGUUCGGCGAUGCCUAUUGUCCGCCUGUCUGGCAUCAGUCGUGCAAGACGACCAGGGUCUUUCGUGGUUGGCCUGUACGCAGACGAUGGAACAGGCCAUGGAAAGAAGCUGAUAGGCGUCGAGCCCGUCUUCAGCAGGUGGCAAGUCGCUAGCUGCGCCAACUGCAGCAACACGCUGGAUGUGACUACGCAUAUUGUCCUAACGCCUGACCAACGGAUACCGAAUAAACCAUUGCUCUCCGGAAUCCGUACAGAGGAGCGGAUUCAAAGCGCCAGGGAGUUGAAAAUGUCUGUGAAUAUUUGGGAGAACCAACUCACGGGCAGCCGUACGCAACGAUAUUCUUACAUCUCCACUGAGCCCACCGAGUCCAACGGUGAGAGAUUAGACGCAAAUAUCGAAGUCCUUGGGGGAAUGCGUACGGUCUAG